CAUUAGUUUGAGACCUCUUGCGAUUUUCCGUCUGUGUGUGUUGUGCUGUCAGAUUAAACGGAGGCAAAUGGCUAAAGUGGAGCUGGCUCCGCUCAGACCAUGGGACGACUUCUUCCCCGGUUCGGAAAGAUUCGCCAAACCAGAUACGAAAGAUUUGGCGAAAUGGAACAACAGAGUUGUCAGCAACCUGCUUUAUUAUCAGACUAAUUAUUUGGCUUUGGCCAUCAUUGUUUUCCUCGUUGUCGGGUUCCUGAACCCUGUGGGGAUGUUCACAGCCAUGGCCGUGGUGUCGGGCGUCUUCCUGGCUUCGGUGUGGGCCGGAGAGAACAGAGCUGUGAUCAAUAACUUCAAGAGGCAGAAUCCCACAGCAUUUAUUAUCGCCGUCAUGGUUGCCAGCUACAUAUUAAUCUCUAUGCUGGGGAGCGUCAUGGUGUUCAUGUCCGCAGUCACUUUACCUCUGGCUUUGAUACUUGUGCACGCUUCAUUUCGCCUCCGCAACAUGAAGAAUAAACUGGAGAACAAGAUCGAAGGAGCCGGACUGAAGAGGUCACCAAUGGGCAUUUUGCUGGAGGCUUUGGGUCAGCAGGAGGAGAACUUUCAAAAGAUCCAGACUUUUCUGGAGGGGAAACUGAAGGAGUGAUUGGAUGUGAAAAGGAUCACACACACACACAAAUGCACACAUCAUUUGAUCUUGAUUUUUUUUGUUUUUUUGUCUCAGAUGUAGCAACUUUGAGUAUCUUUCACUGUAAACUUCUUAUCGUUUCCUUCGUA